AUGAGGUUGCGAACUGGAGGCGGCGGGGGAAGGAGUCCUUGCCCCCGCGCCACACCCCACGCGCGCUGCCUGCUGACGGGAAUUAAUCGCCGGCCGGCCUGCAGCCUGGGGCGGGCGGCGCUGACUGGCUGCGCCCGCGUCUGCGGCCGCGCCGGCGACCUUGCUGCGCCGCAGCCAGAGCCAGACGGGCGGUGCGCCGCUGCGGGCCGUCACGACGCGCCCGCCUCACCACUCGCCGGCGCCGCUACCUGCCGGCUACAUUGUUGCGUCCCAGCCACGCUGCCAGUGCCACAAUAUUUUACCAUUUACGGCAGUCCCCCUGAGGGACGGCCGUGCCUCGCGAAGGCUGUCAGAAACCACCCUCGCCAGACACCCCACGGACAAAAGAAGGGACGGCAGCGGCGCAGUAAAUCUUUGAGGGAGACAAAGCCGGCGGGCGGGGGUGGCGAGGACGAGGAAGGUAAUUCCGAUAUCGGCUGCGGUGGCGGCGGCGGCGGCGGCGGCGGCGGCGGCGGCGGCGGCGAAGUUGAUUCAGUGGGCGGCGGAGCGGCCCCUCGCCGUCUGCAAAGUUUGGCAGACAGGCGGGACGGGAGAGGCGCAGGCGGGCGGGCUUAA